UCAGCCCCCCGCAAAUCCUCACCCGGGGCCCCAAGUAUCCCAGCCCCAUGACCGCCAAGCCUUCCGCCCUGAGUGCCCCUCGCCCCCGAGGUGACCGACAUCCUCAUCCCUUAACGUCCAGUGCCUCCCAAACCUCCCAUCCCACCCUGUCCCGAUGUGGCAACUGCGGCUUCCCGGGGGCACCUACCUCAGAUUACCUGGGGACAAGCCAGACCGGUCCCGGGAAUUGCCGAGAAGGGGGCCUGGGGUUGGGGAGGCCUUGAUCCAUCGUGCCGCUCCCCAGGAGACGUUCGGAGCCCAGGACAUGUCGGGAUUGAGGAGAUACGAGGUGGCGCUGGAGGCGGAGGAGGAGAUCUACUGGGGCUGCUUCUACUUUUUUCCCUGGCUGCGCAUGUGGCGGAGGGAGCGGAGCUCUGCGCACCCCCGGGAGCAGAAGCUGGAGCCUCUGCGGGGCCUGAUGAGUUGUCUGUCAAACGGCCUGGGCCCUGCUCCCCAGCGCUCCGGUCGCGGCCUCCCCCGCCGCACCCCCGCCGCCACUGCCCAGCCAGCCGGUGCAUUAAAGAUUUAACCCAAAGCCCGCCGUGCUGCCCUCCUGACUCUGCCGCCGCUGCCGCCUUUCGGGCCAGGAGCCCUUCUCCACGUCGGCCGUUUCCUUAAUGACAGGGCGUCCUCCCCCACCCCCGCCAUGGGAUGCCCUUCCAUGUCAAGGCCCCCGUUAUUCCUAAAGAUCCCUCAUCAACGUCAGGCUUCCUGUUACUAUAGUGACUGCCCCCCACACAUGGCGGCAACUAAAUAGUCCUGGCCUGGUCUUCCAACCUUAUCCCCACAUCGAUGUCUUCUGACAACCCCAGCUCUCUGCUACACCUUCUUCCUAACCAGGACUUUGCCAGUUGUCUGAAGAAUCUUCUUUUCCUGGGAGUGGAUCUAAAAUAUUUUAAGCCCAGCGUUGUAGGAAUAGGCUGUGAGAGGAGAGGAAGAUUCCUAGAAGCUGCCUCCCUCAGCCUGCCGUCAGGGAGUGACUGGGACUGUUGGAGGUCUUUCCUAUAGUUCAUACCCUAAUUUGCAGCUCCUCCAGUCUGAUCCCAAGUUUAAAGACACUUGGCGUCAGCCCACCUAGCAGUUCUUGCUAUCUCCCUAGGAGAACCCAAGAGCCACUGCCCGCUGCCACCCCUUUCUGUCUUGUCACUGUGGGCCUGCUUUCACUUAGGGAGUGGCCCUAGCACAAGAAAGGGCACCAGAGGAUUAAGUUAAAGAGACAGCCCACUUUGUGGGUGGGGGCAAAACUAAUUUUCAGCCUGGAGCUGCUCCUGCCACAGGAGGUUGUGGCUGGGGAGACUUGGCCCUUUCUUUGGAAAAGCUAAAGGGGAGAGAUGUGUGCAUACCAGGGAGAAUUCAUUUCUUGCCUUCUCAGGUCUCCGGACUGACUGGUCCAGGAAAGACCAUAAAGUAUGUGGCAGACAGCCAGCUUAUGGAGAAGAUCUGAGACAAGACAAUGGCACCUCAAUGGCUGCACCCAAGCUCUGGGGCACAAGUCCAGACUGGAGGGUAGGAGAAAGACCCUAAGGCCUCAGUACUAGAAAUUCAAGAUGAGUAACCUCUGGAUUAUGGCCAUCUUCAGGAACAGAUCUGGGCUCUUCAGCCAUUUCCUUACAACGUCCACAUCAAGAACCCCAUCAAAAGUGGAGUACCCUGUCCAGCCCCAGGCGUACACCUCACCAAGACACUCAGAAUUCCUGAGUAUCCACAAGACAAACUCCAGGGAAGAGCCUUCAAGCCUCAUCUUGGACAGGAGGGAGAAACUUGAGUUGUUCGGCCUGGGAUGGGGACUAGUUCCUACUCUUGGAGCUGAUGGUCUCUCCUGAUUGCUGCAGCAGCCCUGCAGCAGAAAGACAUGCUCAGGGAAGGUGUGAGUCCCUAUCCCAAAAGAAGGCCUGCCCCAUAGAGGAUAGCUGGCCAUGGAGCAGAAGGCACCCCUGCAACAACCAGAUAAGAGCUGGAUUCCUGGGUUAUGACUCAGUUUAUAUUUCAAAUACCGAGCAGGAUUUGAGGGUUGAAAUCCCCAGACCAAGACUGGGAAAUUCUUCAAGGUGCCAGGGGCACUGAACUUAGCAGCCUGCCCCCACCCUUGGCAGUUCCCAGCUUCCAAGAAACGACAGGAGGCGGAGGAGGAGUUUUGCAUUGGGGGGUG